GGCCCGGGUGCCUCCUCCUGCGGGGCCGGGCAGGGGCCUGUAACUUUCCAGCCCCUCGGGUUCCUGCAGCUGGUCCAGUUAGGGCCCUUCAGGCAGCAGAGCCCGGCUGAGUCUCAUGGUGGGGGCGGCUCUCUUGCUGCAGGAGGGGAUGGGGCUGCCCUGGUUGACCCUUUCCUGCCGCAGAGCAGGCUUGGGUGGGGGGCUUCAGUAUCUUGUCAGCACCCAGCUGCUGUUGAGAGUUUCAUGCAGGCUUUGGGGAUGUGGGGCCUCCCAUCGAGGCCUGGAUUUGCCUUCAUUUUUCCUCUCUGAAAUCACACUGCCCAUCCCCAGGAAGUCGUAGCCAAGAGCCACUUUGCAGCUGCCCGGAAAGGUACCCCAUGUGGAUAAAAAAGUUCUGUGAAAAGUAACCUCACAGGGUGAUAUGGUCGUAAAUUCCUAACUGGUCAGGUCAAGGUGUGUAACUUCUUUAGUAAAAGGCUUAUCGUUGCCCUAGACAAGCUCUGUCCCUUGUUUCUUUGCCUCUCCGGUUAGCACACCUUUGAAAUGCCUUUUUGGUCAAAUAUUCUGUAAUCCAGAUCCCUAUCUUGCUUUCUCAUACCUCUUUGUAAUCUUUGUUAUGUUUCCUCAUUAAUUCUGAAUGCCCAGAAGAUGCUGCAAACUCAUUUCUGGAAAACAUUUUCUCAGUCUCUUGAAGUCUUGUUUCCAGGUGUAUUCUCUGGCUUUAUAUAUUAUAAAAGUCUUCUACAAGUUUGGACGCCCUUACAUCCCCACCCUGUACCACACAGGACACCCCCUUUCCAGGACACGGCCACGUUUUCUUCCACUGCAUUGCCUCCUGAGAUCGGCUGCCCUCUUCAAGACAGCUUCUUCUGGUCUGAGGAGGAAAUGGAGGCACAUUCUCAGCCAGUCCCAUCCCAGCCACCUGUGACCUUCAAGGAUGUGGUUGUGAACUUCACGCAUGAGGAGUGGGGACGGCUGGACCCAGUCCAGAGGACACUGUAUCGGGACGUGACUCUGGAGACAUGUGGCCACCUCGUCUCCCUGGGGCUGCUGCUCCCCAGUGUGGAUGUGAUCUCCCGCCUGGAGCAAGGUGACAGCCCAUGGAGCACGGAGCAGGAACCUCCUCCCCAAGACUGGAACACUACACUUGAAAAGAAAGAGUCGUCUUCUGAAGAGGAUAUUGCUGUGGAAGAACCAUCUUUCCAUGUGGAAAUGAAAUACUUUGUAGAAGAGGGCCCCUGGUCUGUAUCAGUAGAAGUACAGGAUUGGAGGGACCAGCCAGGGAAGGACCAGGAGAAAUCUUUGAGUCAAAGUGUACUUACCUCAAAGGAGAGAAUGUUUGCUCAAGAGGAACAUUGUGAGCAUGACCUUGGAGGAAGUUAUCUGAAUGUAAGCCUUCUACCUCCAACAUUACCUGCAAGAACACAUUUGCACAAGCUUGACUCACAGAUUAAAAAGUUGAAACAGAAUUCGGUUUUCAUUAGUCAUCAGAAAGACUCAGCCCAUCUGAAGCCUUGUGAAAAUCUUGAAAGUGCCAGGGCCUUCUCUCAGAGCAUUCACUUGAAUAAACUUGCAAAUGUUAAGAUGGUAAAUAGUAAGCCUUAUAACUAUCCUGUCAAGAGUGACUCUUUCAAAUAUGGUACCUCUGUUCAUUUCCAUAAUAUAAUUUGUUCAGCAGAGAACAGCAUUGAUGGUAAGGACUAUGGAAAUGCUGUUAACCACAGCAUGUCUCUGAGUGUAAACAACCCAGUGCAUUUUGGAGAAUGUCAAUGUGAACAUAAUAGAUGUUUUGAGCAAAGUGAAAUAAUUGUCAGUGAUCCUGGACGUGAGGAGGACUGUGAUGCCUUCUGCGUGGCCUCAUCUGUUACUGACUGUGAUAUCAUCCAGACCAGAAAGAAGUCACAUGCAUGUAAUCUAUGUGGAAAAUCCGUCAGCUGUUGCUCUAGGCUUGUGCACCAGAGAACACACACUGGAGAGAAGCCAUAUAAAUGCAAUAAUUGUGGAAAAGCUUUCAAGUGGAGAUAUCUCCUCAUUGUGCAUCAGAGAACACACACUGGAGAGAAGCCUUAUCAGUGUAACAUGUGUGUUAAAGCAUUUAGUGGUCAGUCAGCUCUUAGAAAACAUGAGAGAACACACACAGGUGAGAAACACUAUGAAUGUAAUGAUUGUGAAAAGUUCUUUAACCGGCAGAGUCACCUUACUAGGCAUCAGAGAAUUCAUACUGGAGGGAAACCUUAUUUGUGUGCUCAUUGUGGGAACUCCUUCAGCCGUAGCUCUGACUUUGUUGCACAUAAAAGGAUUCACUCUGGAGAGAAACCCUACGAAUGUAACCACUGUGGGAAAUCUUUUUGGGAGCGAUCGCAGCUUCUUGUGCAUCAGCGAACUCAUACUGGAGAGAAGAAAUUUUAUGAAUGCAGUCAUUGUGGAAAAGGUUUCAAAUGGAGAUCUCACCUCAUUCUGCAUCAGAGAACACACACUGGAGAAAAGCCCUAUGAGUGUAUUGACUGCGGGAAAGCCUUUAGUGAUGGGUCAUCUCUUAGAAAACAUGAGAGAACACACACUGGCGAGAAACCCUACCACUGCAACCACUGUGGGAAAUCUUUUCGGCAACAAUCACAGCUUGUUGUGCAUCAGCGAACCCAUACUGGAGAGAAACCUUAUGAAUGUAAUCAUUGUGGAAAAGCUUUCAGCCAGAGAUCUAUCCUCACUGUUCAUCAGAGAACACACACUGGAGAGAAGCCCUAUAAGUGUAAAAUCUGUGUUAAAGCCUUCAGCCAGAGAUAUCUCCUCAUUGUGCAUCAGAGAACACACACUGGAGAGAAACCCUAUCAGUGUACCAUGUGUGUUAAAGCCUUCAGUGGUCGGUUAGCUCUUAGAAAACACGAGAGAACACACACAGUUGAGAAACCCUAUGAAUGAAUAUAAGCAUUGUGAAAAAGACCUCUAUUGGGCAGAAUUACCUUACUAGGCAUCAGAAUUCACACUGGAUUGAAACCAUAUUUGUGUGCUUACUGUGGGAAGUCCCUCCAUCAUAACUCUACCUUUGUUGCACAUAAAAGGAUUCACACUGGAGAGAAACCCUAUGAAUGUAACCACUGUGCGAAAACUGUAGCAGCAAUCACAGCUUGUGCAUCUGUGAAUUGAUACUAGAGGGAAGAAACCUUAUGAAUGCAGUCAUUGUGCAAAGAUUCCAAAUGGAGAUCUCAUUAUGCAUCGGAGAACACAAACUGGCGAGAAAUCCUAUAAAUGUAAUCAUUGUGAAAAGGCCUUUAUGUGGUGGUGGGCUUAUUAGGCAUCAGAGUAUUCAUACUAGAGAGAACCCCUAUAAAUGUAGUGAAUGUGGGAAGGCUUUCAGUGAUAACAAAUCCCUUAUUCAAUGAGAAAACUCAUGGGAGAGAAACCCUAUGAAUAAUUAAGAUGGAAAAGCUCAUAUGCCAGAACUUAUUUUUUA